UUUAUUUUAUUUUUUAGUACAUUUAUCUCUAUUUCAUCUAAUACAUGAUUUGGCUGUUGAAUUGGAUUAGAAAUUAAUCUUCUAAGAUUUAUCCCCCUCAUUUCUAACUCAAAUAAUUUAUUAGCAUCAGAAGCCUCAUUAAAAUAUUUUUUAACUCAAACUAUUGCCUCUAUUAAUUUUUUAUUUACAAUUUUAAUAAUAUUAAUUUUAAUAAAAAAAUUUUGAAAUAAAUAAUUUAAUUUUAAUAUAAUAAAUUCUUCAAUAUUAAUAAAAAUAGGAAGAACUCCUUUUCAUUUUUGAUUUCCUAAUAUUAUUGAAGGAUUAUCAUGAUUUAAUAGAUUUAUUUUAAUAACUUGACAAAAAAUUACCCCUAUAAUUAUUCUUUCUUAUUGUUUUAAUAAAAAUUUUAUUAUUAUUAUUAUUAUUUUCAAUAUUAUUAUUGGAGCUAUUGGAGGAUUAAAUCAAACUUCUUUACGUAAAUUAAUAGCUUUCUCUUCAAUUAAUAAUUUAGGAUGAAUAAUAAGUGCAAUUAUAAUUAGUCAAACUCUAUGAAUAUUUUAUUUUUUUUUAUAUUCUUUUAUAAUUACAAUUAUAUGCUUUUUAUUUCACAUAUUAAAUAUAUAUUUUAUUAACCAAUUAUUUAUUAAUAAUAUAAAUUUUUUAAUUAAAAUUAAUUUAUUAAUUAAUUUUCUUUCCCUUGGUGGAUUACCACCAUUCAUUGGAUUUUUCCCUAAAUGAAUU